GUGAUGCUAUAAGUAUCUGUAUGUAGUUUGUGGUUCUGUGGUAGUUUAUUACAAAACAAAUUUAUGUCACAUAUUACAUCGAAAUAAAGAUACAGUAUUUACUUGCAAUUAUGGUGAAAUGUCUGUCAUAAAGUGGUCAGCCGCUCGCAUUUAACGGCUAGCGCUCAGCAACGCAACUUGUGUGCUUAUAAAAAAGUGAAGUAAAAGCAAUUUGAUGAUAUUAAAAGAAUAUAUUGAUAUGGCUCCAAAGCGCGGGAAACGAGUGAGUGAUGGCAGUGAUGACGACGAGGACUACAGGAAACGGAGAGACAGAAACAAUGAGGCGGUGAAGAAAAGCAGAUUUAAGUCAAAGCAGCGCACCCAAGAGACAUUCUCACGAGUAAGCAAACUGAAAGAGGAAAAUAAAGUUUUGGAAGAAAAAGUGAAAACAUUAACAAAAGAGUUGCAAUUUCUAAAAGAAUUGUUCCUGGCACAUGCAUCUAAUACACAAAAUUCUAAAUUCGAAGGUAUCGACUUGGAGAAGCUUCUAGAAGAUGUCCCAGAUAGCAAAGAAGAGAAGAGUAGUAAAAAGUGAAGUUUAGUUUUACAUGGACUUAUGGUUUACUGAGUAGAGUAUAAGUAGUUGGAUUAGGACAAUAAUAAUAAGAUAACUUAGGUUGUAUUCAAUACUGGAUACAUUUUCUACAUGUUCUUAAUUAGCUUAACAACAAUCUGCACAUUUUGCCAAACAGAAGAGCAAAUGACACAUCCUAUGUGGUUGUACCCUACUCAUGCUUAAACGAAAUAUCUCCUUUGGAAAGUACACACUAUCCUGAGUAGAUAAAAACGCGGCCCAGACAUGUCUGGGUAGCGAACUUUGAAAAAGGGCUAGAACAAUAGAUCUAUGCGGAUCGCAGUGUACAGGUCUUACUUAGCAACUAACAAUAGUCCAAAAA